ACUCACCCUCAGGCCUCACCUCAGCCAUUCAUUUGUUAUCCAUUCAUUCUCCUCUUCUCGUUCUUCUUCAACGCGAGAGAAUCAAAUCGGAAGGGGAAGAGCUCUUAUGUGAUGCAAACAGGCCCAAGGAGCGAGAGAAAGGAGACUUCGAGGAUGAUGGAGGUGGUGCCGACACUAAAUCUUGAACCCUAGCCCUCGGAUCUCGUUUUUGGAAGUAUUUUUCAGUGCCAAAACACGAAAAUCUUUUGUGUAAUGGUAUUUAUUUGAUAUAGAGUUCAGAUCUUUCUCAAUCCCCAAGAAGAUCGGUGCCUCUUCCUCUACCGGUCAGAACCCCACUCCCCCAAGACUGUCCAUGUCCAACAGGAAACUGUUGAGAUCAUCAACGAGGAGGAAACUCCUCAGAUCGAGGGGGGGGGGGCGAAUCCUCCUCCCAACAAGGGGAAAGGGAAGACUCUCGAGAAGAAGGUAGCUCUCACCCACCCAAAUGCAAAGAGGCACAUGGGAAAGAUUGUCCCGGUGGUGGAGUCCCUGGAAGAGCUCUGGGUCAAACUUGGGCUUUGGCUAAAAGAGAUUGGUGAAGUGGGGCGGAUGCCCUAGAACAGUUCUCUAAAGGUUCCCCCUCCCGAGCAUCCCAGUUGGAGGAGAAUCUGAAGAACGUUGAAGCUCACAACCGGGAGCUCCAAGAGGUGAUGGCCUGCUAGGUCAAUGAGAUGGCCGGCGUCUCGUGAAUGGCUGGAGCGGCGAGUGCGAAGAUCCUCCAGCUGAAGGAGGAAAACUCGUAGCUGAUGGGGGAGGUCUCCCAUCCGAAGGAGGUGGUCAAGGAGAAGGACAGGGAGCUACCUGGUAGAGCUCACUAAUGGAUGGAGGAGGACCUCGACGAAGCUGCCCACGUGUUCACCUCCACUCCGGAGAAGACAAUGGAGGCAUUCAAGUUGCUCUACCGGGAGCCACAUGGGAAGGAGAUGAUCACCUUGGUGGGAUCUUGCGGCUUCAUGUCUAGUCAGAAGAGAGACCGGGAGGCCACCCAUGCUAUUCUAGCUGAGCAGGAUCCGGACUUCUCCGCAAAAUCUUAUGGCCUGGCUCCCAUCCUAGAGGAGGAACCUGCUCCCCCCUUCCCCCUUCACUAGGCAAUCCCGGCUGCGCCUGGUUAUCGUUUGUAAAACUUUAAACUUCUAUUUUCCCGAGAAUGCCUGGAGUAUUUGUAAUCAUUCAACAUUUUCUUUAAUAUCAAUGUCAUGUUUACUUUACUGACCGAUUAUCUUCUACCUUUGAGUAUUUGAUAUCUUGAUUUGAAUGUGAAUUUUUACCUCUAGAUCCUUUUCUUUAAUUCGAUCUGAUCAAACACUCCUAGUAGGAAUCUGUAUUUCCAAUUCCUCCUUGAUGUUUGACUUUGACUUAUCGGUAGACCCCUUCCU